CCAACUGGACCGUGGAUAUAACCGUUUCCCGAGUUCGAUGGCGAAGAGAAUAAGCGAAGGUAGAAUUGCUGCGAUGUGGACGGUGGUGACAGAGGCUUUGAUUGGGAUGGUGCUGAUUUUGGUUGCGGAAGGGACGGAUACUAAUGAUGUAUACAGUCCUUGUUUGGAUGCGAAGAUUCAGAGAUUAGACGGAUUUACUUUUGGCGUAGCGUUUUCAUCGAAGGAAUCGUUCUUUCAUGAUCAUAUUCAGUUUUCGCCUUGCGAUAAGCGUUUGGCUUUGACAUUCAAAGUCGCUCAACUUGCUGUUUUCAGGCCUAAAGUCGACCAGCUCACUUUCCUCACCAUCAAUAGCACAGCCUUCAAUCCGGCUACGUACGGUGGCUAUAUGGUGGCAUUUGCUGGGCUGAAGUAUGCAGCAAGGUCUCUCCCAGUGAUGGUUACUGAUAACUCUCACACCAUUACUAGUUUCACUUUGGUUUUUGAAUUUCAAAAGGGCACUCUUCAAAAUCUGUUCUGGAAGAAAUUUGGGUGUGAUAAAUGCUCUGGGGAUUUUUCAACUUGCCUGGAUAAACAAGACUGUGCAGUUUCCAGCUCCAAAUGUAAGUACGAUGGUGGUUCAAUUGACUGCAAUUUAGGCAUACAACUAGCAUUUUCAGGGACAGACAAGAACCUCCAAGUCCUCAACUCCUGGUUUGAAGUUAACCAUCUCAGACGCUUCUCCCUCUAUAAACUUUUCUCCGACGUUCGCGAUAAGAUCACCAAUCCGUUCCAGUGAGAAUCUUUUAUAUCUUCAGCUCUGUAGGCAAGGAUCCAAUAUGAGUUAUGAUCUGCACAUGUCAAGAUGGCUUAUUCAUAGGAAAGGUUAUGUUGUCAUUGGUCCAUGCUCUGUAACUGUACAAUCUUGAAGAUUCAAUCUAUAUAUAUAUAGAGAGAGUUAAAAUGUA